CACAGGUGCGCGCGCAUUUGAAUUUGGUCUUUUAACAAGACGGUGCGAAAUGUUAUGGACUGUAUUAGCUUUAGCUAAACUUUUACAAAACAUUUUCGAGGAUUAGAUAUGUAUAUAGAGUUACAUUAUUUGCUAUUAGAGCCUGAAUAAAGCCAGUAUUUAUUAGAGAAUGAGCGACAGGAAGUUUAAGGUGGUGGGCGGAUUAAUGAAAGUCCCAGAGAGAGAGUUAAUGGGCGACAUUUUGUUGCGCGAGAGCACCGAACCGUCGCUUCCGGUGCACGUGAAUAUCGAAAAGCUGCUCAGGACAGAAGAUGGACAGUACACGGACAUGGAGGAUAGAGACGAUGUCGCCCAGAAAAGACAGCUAGCCAACGCCAAGGAGCGGCUCCGGGUACGGAGUCUGAACAGCAUGUUCUCCUAUCUGAGGCGCAUCGUGCCGUUGAUUCCCCGAGACCGCAAGCCCAGUAAAGUGGACAUUCUGAAGGCGGCGACCGAGUACAUCCGCCUGCUGUCCUCCGUACUCAGCGACCCCUCGGCGCACCAGAGCAACGGAGCUUCGAGUGAGCUGCUGGAGAACAUGAGCAAGUAUUCGUUCUCGGACGACAGGUGCGCUGACCUGUGGAGUGUGGAUGACGUGAGUGUGCUUGACUCUCUGUCCAAUCCGUCUUUACUGGUUACGGCUCCGUCCGGCGCUGAAGAGGAGGACGAGGUCGAUCUGAGCAACAUGACCGUGCAGUGUGCCGUCCCCGUCUACAUCAUACAGGUCGGCUCUGACCACACGCUGGUCUAUCAGACGAGAUGAGGACGUCCGCCGUUUCUUUUUUCCACAGAACACACGGUUCGCACUGAAGCAUGAAUUUGACCUUGAAUGAAGAAGGAUUGUGUAUGAACAGUUUAUUUUUGUUUAAAUAUCUAAAUGAACAGCUGCUAAAGUAUUUAGUUCUAAUUGUAUUGACAUUUUCAUCUGUGUUUAAGUAGACUGAAGCAGCGUGUGUGUGCGCACGCGCGUAAGGGGGUGGGGAGGGGGUUGUGGUUUAUUUAUUUGUUUAUUUAUUUAUUCGGGGGGGGUUCUGGUUUAU